CUAAAAUUUGAACUAAUAAAUAUUUUUCAAUAUUUGAGUUGCCUUACUCACAUUAUAACUUAACCAGAGUUAAGUGGGUUGGUGUUUUAUAGAUUGUUUAAAAGCUAAGGAUUUAUAUAUAAAAAAGAGUUUAUUAUAUUCCCUAGUGGAUUUUAUAAAAAUAAUAGUUUUCAGGUUAAUCUGUUCUGGCACAUUACAAAACUUUCAAUAUUAAGUUUAAAUCGUCUAAUAGAUAAGUAAAAAAACUAUUUUGUUUCAGAUGAAUGAGUUGGUAUUUAAUUACAUAAUUAAUGAAAUGAGACCUCUGAUUACAUGCGAAAAACGUAGCUUUCGAGAAUUAAUCAUGGGACUUACUGGCAUUAAAGAUACUUCUAUUUUACCAAACAGAAUUCAAAUCAAAGCUCAAUUAAAAUCCAGAUAUGCAUUAUAUGUGCAAAUGAUAACAGAUUUAAUACAAAAUCAUAAUUAUAUUUGUACAACUGCAGACAUUUGGAGCUCAAAUAAUAAAAGCUUUAUGGGUAUGACGUGCCUAUAUAGUGUUUUAGAAGAUUAUCCCAUAGUUAAACAAGUGUUCUUAAAAUACAACACAACUAUUCCGUCUUCAGCUCCAGUGGAACGACUGUUUAGUGGAGCAAUCCAAGUAUUAACACACAGGAGAAAUCGUCUAGAGUCCUAGACUCUAGGAGACAAAACGUUUGAGAUGUUACUAUGUUGCAAGUCAAAGAACUAAACAAGCGACAUAUCAUUAUAAUUUAUUUGUUUAACAAUUAAAAUAUUAUUAGUGUUUAUAUUUG